GGCUACUGCCAUCAGUCAUCCCCUUGUUUGCCAAUUAUAGGAUCAACCGCACCCCGUACUGGCAAAGCCUUCUGCAGCCGCGUUGUGGCACUCGGAUGCUGUUAUGAAAGGCGUGUAACACCAGUUACGUAUUGCGCAUUGCUAUAAUGGGACGCAAAAGCGCAGGACCGGCCAAGCCUUCCGGACCGAUAAAGACUUUUAAGUAUGGCAUGCCUUUGUAUGGACUAGCAUGGCCUGAAGGAGCAACGUUUUAUGUAUGUGGCGGAGGCGGUAGCGUGUCUAGUGGCAUUAAGAAUCGCCUUGUUUGUGCUGAGGCACAGAACGGAUCACUGACGGACCAGACUGCAGAGUUCCACUUCGGCUUAGACUGCCCAACAAGGCUCGCCGUGUCUCCGGGAGCGAAGUCAAUCGUUUUCGCCAUGGGGAAGGGAGGCAUAAAGCGGCUGGACGUGGAUACCCGGGGAGCGGUUCUUCGCUUCACGGAACUGUCGGGCGCGCAGGAGGAGCGGCUCAGGUCCAUCACCAUGGACGUCAAGGCGCUCUCCUUCCACCCCUCGGGGGAGCUGCUGGCGCUGGGCGGCGAGGAUGGCUCCGUCGUGGUCUACGAGUGGCCCUCCCUGAAGGUCAAGCUAGACCUCAGCGGCGACCGGAAGCUCUCCCAGGAGGCGAUCAAGGACCUGGACUUCGCACCACUCCCCGCAGCAGCGGCUGCCCCGGCAGCAGCAGCCGGGGCGGCGGGCUCCAGCGGCCAGGCGGCAGGCCGGGCGGUGGCGGUGGCUGCGGCGGGUGCUGGCCGGGCCGGCCGGGCGCUGGUGGUGAUCCUGGACAACGGCUCGGCGGUCGCGCUGGACUUGGAGCAGGAGGGGGCGGUGCUGUGCAGGGUGCAGCUGGCGAAGGGCGAGUUCAAGAAUGAAAAGGUGAUGCUGGUGUCGUCGGAGGACCGGCUGCUGCUGCACCACCUGCCGCCAGGCAUGGAGAACGCGCAGUUCACCCGGGUCAAGUGCCGGACUCCUCCGGGCGGGGAGCGCGCUACGCUGUACUGCCUUAUGAACAACCGCGCCGGCUGCCACGUGGGGCUGUGGGAGCUCGGCGAGGAUGGGCUGCUGGCCAUGCGGGCCGCGUGCAAGGCGGCGGACGCGCCCGGCGCCUGCAUGGACGUGAGCGGCGACGGCGCGCUGGUGGCGGUGGGCACCUCGGAGGGGGACGUGGCGCUGGUUGGCUGCCGGCCGCACCUGCGCGUCGUGCGGCGCUUCCCCAAGGCGCACAUGGUGUUCACCACCAACAUCACCUUCAACCACGACGCCUCCUGCGUGCUCUCCACCUCCGCGGAUGCAAGCGCCACCCUCAACUCCACCGCCCUGCCGCCGCCACCCAACCUCAAGAGGAUUGUGAUGCUGGUGUUCCUGCUGGUUACCAUCUUGCUGCUCUGCCUGCUUCAAUACGUCCGCAUGCUCAAACAACGAGGCAUGACAAACGAGGAGA